CUACAAGAGACCACCACUAUUUCUACGUGACCAUGCCGAUGCCAUGUUCCACACUGGCCCUUGCUGUUGGCCACUGGCUCCAAGCUUCAUCAGAGGAAAAUACAACUGUUACACAAGAACAUAAUCAUUUCCUACAACCUGCUCUUCAUUCAGCAAAUGCACAAUCACAACCUGACCUGGUUGUUCAGAAAUUUGGCGAGGUUGUCCGACAACAACAGCUCGAUGCAGAUGACACAACAUGGCAUGUGGAAAGAAGUAUCAAACCACCGAUGUUACCUUCUGUGCAAGUGACUAAUGAGCUAGCAAAACAAAGUGUCUGUCAUCAUGUAUGUGCUGGUAAGGACCAUAUAAGUCGAAUCAAAGAACAAGUCUGUCAGCAAGAGGACUACAGUCGUGACCAGAGUUCAUGUUGUAAACCCGACCAUGUCAGAGUCAUUCCCUACAGAGUGUUUGCCCCCUCCGUAUAUGUACAACAGGCAGGAAGAGAGUUCCUCCCCUUGAUAGAGAAGUAUCUGUCUGCUGCCUAUGAUGUUCUGGGACCUCACCCUCUCCCUAGGCUGGAUGUGCUGAUGGUCCCAAGAUGCUUUGCAAGUCUGGGGUUGGCCAGUCCCCAUCUGAUGUUGGUGUCGCAGUCUCUGCUAGCGGGGGACGGCAGCAUGUGCUUGCGUCUGGCGCACGAGAUCGCUCACUCCUGGUUCGGCCUGCUGAUUGGCUCGCGUGACUGGACGGAGGAAUGGAUCAGCGAGGGGUUUGCCACAUACCUGGAGGACUGUAUCCAUGCUAAGGCUAUGGGGUGGACAGAGAAGGAGAGCCAAGAGUACUCUGACCUUCGUUCCUGCAUCCGAUACCGGCUACUGGCUGCUGAGCUGGACAACACAGAGGAGGAACUGCAGACGUUAAGGCCCAGUGCAUCAGGGCAGGGGUUCCACCAGGGGGAGGGGACAGUGUACGUCACCAACGCCCUCAACACAGACAAACUUUUCACACAAGUGCACUACCUCAAGGGCUACUUUCUCCUCAGGUAUUUCACCAAGAAAGUCGGGGCUGAACAAUUUCACUAUUUGCUGAAGAGUUUUGUUCAAAAGUUCCCUAGACACGGAAUGAACCUCAUAUUCUCUCAGGAUUUCUUCAACCUUGUCUUCAAGACCUUCCCAUGUCUUAGCUCCCAGGGUCUUACAGUGGAGAGAAUCUACCAAGACUGGCUGGACUGUCCAGGACUACCAAAACAACUACAGAAAAACCCCAUCAAUGCUAACAACAGACUCGUCAAGCAAGUUAGGGAAACUCUGAAGCAUUGGAAAGAUGUCGACAAGCAGAACAGACAGAGUGAAAGAGAAGCUAGAAAGAUGAGAAAAAGAAGUCGAAACCCAAUAGACAAUUCUGUGCAAAGAAAGAAAAGACAGAGACAGAGUUUAGAUGGGGUUUGUGAUAAAGAAGAAAGCAUGGUUGAGAAAAAUAUUCUAGUGAAUGACAGGAAAAGAAAUCAUGACAUCACUGACAAUAUGAUAGACUCAGACAUUACUCCGCCCCAAACUAAACGUCAACCAAUGGGAAACAGUAUACCAAAUAAACAAAUAGACCUUGAGUCGCCUGAUAGCCAAUCAGAUGUACCCCUUAGAAUUGACCUUCCUUCAACCUCACACAUAAAUGAAGGGGGAGUAAGUGCACAUGAAUCAAGAGCUAUGGAACCUGGGAAAGAGCUCUUACAAGAUCAGCUUGUACUCCUCCUGGAAGAGCUGCUUGAGAUGAAGACCUUGGCAACGGAAACGCUACAUCAGUUGGAGAAACACUACGGGCUGUCCAGGUGUAAUGCAGACGUCAGGCAUCGGUGGUGUGAACUGGUCAUCAAACAUGGCUACAGUCCUGGGUACAAAGAUGUACAACAGUUCCUGUGUGAGGACCAGGCCAUGGGUGUGUAUCUGUAUGGGGAACUGAUGAUGUAUGAACAGCCACAGCAACAGCAGCUGGCCAGGGAGACAUUCCACAUGCUGUCUCCAGAAAUGGAGGAGGGUCUGAGGAAAGCUGUACAGGAGAUGCUUUAUGGUGGACAAGGAAAUGACUAAAGGAUGGGGGUUUAAUACAAUUUGAUCUCUACAACUGGAGAUUUACUUCUGGACAUUUCGUGUGACAUCACUCUUCUUCAGCGUCACUAGAAUAAACUGGCAGAACAAUUUGGUACAAGUAGAGCUAACUAGAAAAAACUAGUUAAACCACUAUAAUUUCCUAAUUCAAACGUCAAUUGUGUUUGUAUAUUUUCCUAUCAUAAUGGUAAAACAAUACAUGUAUUUAGGAAGUUAUUGCCAGUUCAUUCUAGUGACGCUGAGGAAGAGUGAUGGAUGUCCUUCAAAAUGUCUAAAAGUAAAUCUCCGUUUUUUUAAUCCAGUACUGUUGUAGAGAUUGAAAUUUUACUAAGUCUUA